ACUCACUCACUAGUUCGCAAACUUUUUUGAGAGCGCAACGGUGGUACGUUAACAACUAACUAACCAUUACGCAGUAAUAUUACAACAUAACUAAGUAGACAUACAAGUAAUAUGGGAUGGUUUGGAGGCAGUGUGCCGGCUAAGGUAUCUGGAGUAUCAGAAUUACACGAAAAUGCUAAUGCUACACCUCAAUUUCUUGAGGAUUUACCCCCCAAAUUUGAAGAUAUGGAUCCAUCAUCAGCACUUGCUAAUAAGAGUAGACGACAACAACAGCAAUAUGAACAAGAGAGACAAGCCACAUUAAUGGAUGCAGCUAGUAAAUUAAGUUUAUCUGAUUUUACUGUAGAAAGAUUUCUUGGAAUGCCAUGUUUCCGUGAAGCCAUGAUAACUGGAUUUCAAUCUAUGGGAGUCUUAGGAGCAGUUACAUUCUUAAUUCAUAAGAAUUUUAGUCGAUCAUUUAACUGGUCAAUGUGUGGAUUUUUCUUAGGAAAUAUAGUAGGAUGGGAACAAUGUAGAUCCUUAAGAAGAAGAUCAUUCCAAAUGAUGGAAGAAGCUCGUAGGAAGAAAGAAGAAAAGAAUAAAAAGAAGUUUGAACAACACCAGCAGGAAGCCGAUGAUCAGUAUGAGAAAUUCAAAGAGUUCAAUGACCGCGGCAAUUAGGUGGAAAUCACUAACAAUAUUAAUUAAUUAACUAACUAAUUAAUAUAUAUAUUACGUAUGUAUAUAUAUAGCUAAGAAGUAACAUGUAUAUAGCCACUGGCAAACAAUCUAAUGAUAAAUGUAUAUAUACCAAUCUAAUGAUAAUGUAUAUAU